GGUUUUUCUACAGGAGUGUUUUUGCGAAAAUCGAGGAAUUCUGAGAAGUAAACGCGCAAAAAUGGCGUGGUCGAUUCGGGCUUUGGGUCAAGGUUAUAGAGUUUUGAUGGCAGCCGCCAACAGCUCCGCCACCGUCGCAGCCACUGCCACCGCACCCAAGCGGGGCCGCCCUGCCGGUAUUCUAAAAGUGGUACCUGUGUCACAAUCUCUGGGAGAGUUCCUCGGCGUCACGGAAGUCUCUCGAACCGACGCUGUGAAGAAAGUUUGGGAAUACAUCAAGCACAAUAACCUCCAGAACCCAUUGAACAAGAAGGAGAUCCUAUGCGAUGCCAAAUUGAAGACGAUAUUUAAUGGGAAGGAGCAAGUUGGGUUCUUGGAGAUUGCCAAGUUGUUGUCACAGCACUUUGUCAAGUCUAGCUGAUUGUGGUAACGAAGACCUGCUUGAAAUUUUGUUAUAUCAUUUGUCUGUGGAUUUCGGGCUCUGAAAUAUGGUGUUGGCGGAUAGACGACAUCCUGUUUUGAGUGGUUAUAUGCUACCGCCAUCACUUUUUGGUUUCGGUCGAAAUUUUAACCUACUUGUCAAUGUGGCUGGCUUCUAAUGUAAAACUAGAGGCAUUCUAGUGCAUGAAACUUUUAAACCUUUUCUGUUAGUGUACCAUAUGGUGUUACAUCAGCAAUGUAUAAACUUUUUUAAAAU